AUGGCAGAGCUUGAAAAGUUGAAGAAGGCGAAAGAAAAGAGAGAUAUGGAGAGAGCUCGACAUGAGGAAGAUACGGUCUUGUUAGCAAGAGAACGUGCACGAGCUGAGUUCCAAGAUUGGGAGAAGAAAGAGGAAGAGUUCUGUUUCGAUCAAGGCAAGGUUAGGUCAAAGAUCAGGUUACGUGAGGGCAGAGCCAAGCCAAUCGACGUCCUCUACAGGCACUUGGAUGGUGGUUCAGAAUUAUCAGAUGAUAUGUAUAUCGAUCUCAGUAGCGAGCCCUACAUGGUAUUCAAGGGACUCACUUUUCAAGACUUGGAAGAGCUUCGUGAUGAUAUCAAAACGGAUGCUAUUGAACUUCUUGCUCAAGAGAAGGGACUACAUUCUGGUGUUGAAGCUGAUGUUAGAAGACUUCUUGAUGGGAAGACACACUCGGAGCUUGUACAAAUGCAGCUGCACAUCGAAUCACAGCUAUUUUCUGGGGUAGCUAAAGUAGUUGAGUAUUGGGAAGCUGUUCUUAAACUCCUCGAUAUAUACAAGGCAAAGGCUUGCUUGAAGGAAAUACACGCUGAGACGCUGAAGAGACAUGUACAUCGCCUCGAAAAUGUUUCUUCGGAAGCUGAAGAAGAAUCAUUCUCUCAAGAAGAGGCUGAUGAUAUGGAAGCAGAAGAGGCGGCUUGUUCGUUUUCUCCAGAGCUCAUGCACGGUGAUGAUGAUGAUCGUGAAGAAGCAAUUGAUUCCGAGGAAGACAAGAAGCUACUUGAAACGAAACGGAUGGUUGUGUUGGAGAGACAGAAGAAGCGGCUUAAAGUAGAAGAUAACUUGGAGGUCAAGGCAAUGAAAGCAAUGGGAGAAAUGGAGGAAGGUGAUGCUGUGUUUGGCUCUAACGCUGAAGUAGUGAAGCUUGAUGACAAGUACCGGCCAAGAAAACCAAAGUAUGUCAACAGAGUUCACACGAGUUACGAGUGGAAUAAGUAUAACCAAACGCACUAUGAUCACGAGAACCCGCCUCCAAAAGUGGUUCAAGGGUACAAGUUUAACAUCUUCUACCCUGAUUUGCUAGACAAUGCUACGGCUCCAACUUGCUUCAUAGAGAAAGAUGGGACAAGCGAUGAAACAUGUAUCAUCCGGUUCCAAGCUGGUCCGCCUUAUGAAGACAUUGCCUUCCGGAUUGUGAAUAAAGAGUGGGAUCGUUCUCGUAAGAACGGUUUCCAACACACGUUCAAUGGUGGGAUUCUGCAUUUGUACUUCAACUUUAAACGUCAUCGGUACAGGCGAUAA